UCUAUUUAUUCAUCUGUGUCAUCCAGGCGCUUGCAUAUUUUGAAUAGUCACGUGAUAUCCUCGAGUCACCCCAAAUCGUGAUAUACCCGAAAUCGUGAUACCGGAUGUUUAUAGAUUUCGUUUCGACGUCACAAACCUGGAAAUCGGCGUUAGAAGUGUCAAAGAAGUUUUCUGUCAACAAAAUGCUUCGUAUAAAGCUAGGAGGCGUAAGAUUUGCAUAAUUUUCUGUAUACAAGUGUAUUUUAGCAUAUAUUUUGUAAAGCAAAUUUACAUUACCACUUCACCAUUCAAUUUUCUCACGAAAAGUACUUCAAAUCACAAUUGUUGACAGUCGUCUGUUUGUUUACAUUCAUUACUUAUGAAUCAAGGUCAGUUUAGACUGGUUCACCUACUGGAAAUUAUCCCAAAGAGGUGUUAAAAGGGGAAAGUUCCUUAUACAAUGUUAACCCUAAUUGAAAGAUAAUUUGUUAAUGUUUCUAUGUGUAUUGGUCAGUAUGAAUGGUUUAUUUUGCUUAUAUUCUUUAGAUAUUUAGCAUUUUCUGCAGGUUUUUGGGAGUCCCCCACCUACCAAAAGAAAAUACAGACAGUAUUCACCAUCAAGUUUGGAUAAGGCAUACCAGUGUGCAGUUGAGGGUGAGCUGUCUGUUAGGAAGGCAUCCAAGGUCUAUGGUGUGCCUAUGCACACCUUAAGGGACAGAGUUCUUGGACAUAUUGAGCCAGAUACGACUAGGUCAGGUCCUGGGCCACUUUUGAGUGAAUUUGAGGAGGCGAAAUUGGUAGAUCAUAUCAAGGACAUGGCAUAUGUUGGGUACCCAUACACUAGAGCAGAGGUCAUUAACACUGCUACAUAAUUUGCAACAUGUCUGGGUAAACGUUCAAGAGAAAAGUCACUUACUUAUAAGUGGUUUUAUGCAUUUUUAGGUAGGUGGCCAGAGUUGAAAGUUCAGCGACCUAAAACUAUCUCUGAACUUCGAGCAAAAGCAACUAGUAGAGAAAGUAUUAAUCGUUAUUUUAACAAACUCAGGUCUAUCUUGGACAAAUAUGAACUGACAGAUUGUCCAGAAUCCAUCUAUAAUGUGGACGAGAAAGGUGUACAACAAAAUUUUACACCUUCCUAUGUUGUUGGCCCAUCUGAUACCAAGACAUCUGUAGUAACUUCAGAGAGGUCCAGUACAACAACCAUACUUGGAUGUGGAAAUGCACUUGGACAACAGAUCCCUCCCUACUUUGUGUUUGCAGGUAUGUCAUUUGACUAAAGUUGUGUUAAAUUUUAUCUAUGCGCAUACACUGUAAUAAGAGUAGAGUUGUGGAUAAGUACAGUGUCUGUGCCAUUGCGUGCAAGGCUUAUUCUGUUGCUCUAUCUGUAAAAAAUUUGCAGUCCGCAUUUAUGAAAUCAGGCAUUUAUCCUUUUAAUCCUGAUAAAAUAGAUACAUCAUUAUUUAAAACUCAUGAGUUAAGAGCAAGUUUUGUGGAUGAAGACACUGUAAGUCAUGACCAUUUGCCAGCUGUCCUUCCUACAGCUGAUUCAGAUGAGACUGUUAAUUAUGCUGAGAAUGAGCCUGUAGCCGAGGAUUCUGAACUUUUGACCGCAGUUCCAUUGGAUCAAGUUACUUCUUCUACACUUGUCCUUCCUCAAACAUCAUCUUUAGAAUGUACAAGUGAUGUUGCUAGUUCUUUUUUUAGGAAAAAAAGACCAGUUUUCAAACCACCUUUUAAAAAAGAAAGAAGGUCUAUAAGUAAAAUAGUUGCAGGCAAAGCUAUUACUGAGCCUACAGUUGCAGCUGAUGUAAAAGAUUACAUAUCAAAUACACAAAAAAAGUCAACUGCAACUGCUCCAAAGGGAUUUCGAACCCCUUCCAAAAGCCUGUUUGCUAAGGGUAAUCCAACGCCCUCUUCAUCUGGAACCUCCAAGUCUGGAGGCCCCAUUGACUUGAAUACACCUCCUUUGAUGGAGGAUAGUGUCGAUGAUGACUCUGUUGAUGAUGAUGAUGAUGAAUUAUGCUGUGUAUGCAACAAAUUUCAACCUGAAGAACUUUCAAACUGCCAAUUGUUGUUACUUUUGUAAAAUGGGCUAAGUGUGAUUUUUGUGAACACUGGACACAUCUUAUUUAUUGGUCAGAAGUAAGAGUUGUCCGUAGAGGAGAUGAGUUUAGAUGCCCCCACUGUUAAAACAUAUUGUCAUUUACAUCCAUGUUAUUGUUAAAUAUUAUUUUGAUACUCUGUUUACUUGAAGAAUAAUCAAUACAUAUUCGUAAACUAACAUGAUUUCUUGCGUUUAUCCUUAGGUUUCGGUGUAUUAUUGAUUUUUCUAAACAUAACGAAUUGAGGUAUACCAGUCAAAAAAUAAACCGUUUCCGGUAUACUUUCAAAAUGGCCGCGCCCAAGGCUACAUGAUAACAAUUAUUUGUUUUCCUUUUGUUGACUAUAAAGAGGUAAGAUAUAUUUUGAUUUAUGAACAGUUUGAAAAUUGUUUUUUGUUGUCAUUGUCCGCGUCAAUGCGCUUAACAUAACGAAAACUGGUGACUCGAGGGUAUAUAUUUAUAGAACUUGUAAAGCUCAUGACAAAAUAGUCACGUGAUACCCAUUUAAAAAAAAUAUAAUUUUUAAAAUUUGUCCAAAUUAUGUUUUUUCAAAAAAAUAUUUAUGGUCAAGUAAGGUCGUACGGCUGCUGGACAAAUAAUAAUGUAUUUCUGAAGGAAGUUCUGAAUACAUAAUGUAUUUCUGAACAAAGUUCGGAAUACAUAAUGUAACGAGUAAUGUGUAAACGUAGAAAUAAAAUAAUGUGUAUGGACAAAAUUUUACACGUCUAGGGAAAACACGUUUUUUUCGUUUUUUCUUCUGCUUUUCAUUUUCGUGGGCCACAAAAGGGAUAAAUUAUAAAUAUCAGUUUUUAUAUAAAGUCUGAAAGUACUUUCUUACGGAAUGAAUCGUAUUAAAUAUAAAAAGUCAACUUCCCCGGGACGUUUGCUGACGUUAGUUUUACAUAGUCGGAAACUCUCCCGGGGCAUUUGCCUUUACAAAAUAUUUGAUGCCGAUAUAGGUACUUUUAAGUGUUAAUAACAUUCAUUCCGUUAAUUCCUUAUUAAGAUACUUCCCCCAAAACAAUGCCAU